AUGAUUGCAGAGGCGCACACCCGCUUGGAGAUGGCGCAAAAGCAAGCCGUAGAUGCCGCAGACAGAACUGCAUCCACGAGUGCUGAUGUGCGCUAUCUGAAAGCAAGAUUGCGGGCGCUGGAGGCAAGGGCUCAGCGCUACGAGGCUUUGAAGGACAAGCUGCGUGUGGGAUCAGCUGAGGAGAAAAAGCGUGCCAGGACACAGCUGAAGAAAGGCCGCACCUUCAAGCAGGAGAUACGGGCAAUGGUCCGCAUGCUGCUUAGCUGUGGCUGCAAGCAAGACCGUAUUGGCCAGGUGGUGCGGGAAGUGGCGGCUGCAUUUGGGAUACAGCUGGAUUGGGUGCUGAGUCGACGGACGGUGGGCCGGAUUGCAUUGGAAGGCCUUGUCAUGGCCCGAAUGCAGAUUGGCUUCGAGCUAAAACAGACCCAAGCUUUCACAAUGAGCAGCGACAGCACCGGGCGGCGCCACCAAAACUACCAGUCGCACCAUAUCCAUUUAAAGGUCCCUGUCGGGUAUGACGCCAACAGUCAGGUCGUCUUUGCAGAGUCACCAACAACGAGAUUUGUUGGCGUCCAUUUGACAACGGAUCAUAGUACAACGACCUCGCAUGCAACAUGGAUAAGAGUCUAUGACGAUGUUAUGACAACCUUCAACAAGAGCCCUCUUGCUAAACGCACCGGGACCUUGGACCUACGGGGAAUUUGUGGGCGCCUUCGAGGGAUGUGGGGCGACCAUGCAAAUAACGAAAAGGCGCUGUCUGACUCAAUGCGGCAGACCAAGUACGACUUGCUGCUGACCGAGCUUGGCGAGGAGCGAAUGAAGAUGAUUGAGGACGAUAUGGGCGAAUUGGAGGGCAGGAUGCAGGAGUGGAGUGCAAAGAAAAUCGCAGAUGCGGGCGGAAUUGAGAAGUGGAAUGCACUGCCCGCUGCUGAGCGUGCUGCUCGUGAUCUGGCCACGACGGCGGCGAUGGUCCAAGGACUGGGGGUGGAGGAGCUAGCGUCAAUGGAUGAAGGGGAAAGGAACCUGUUGACAGUGUGGGUGUGGACAGGAUGCUGUAUGCAUAAGGAUCAAAAUUCCUUUAAGGGCGGAAAUGCGGCAAUGACGGCACAUUGGAAAGCAAUAGGCGCCGUCGGGCCUAUCCCACUUGCGAACAAGGACAACGCUGCAGCUGUUCGCAAGGUCCUCCAGCCCGAAAAGGGUGAUGCACCAGUGACGGACGAGGACAUCAAGAAACUCGAAGAUAUUGCCUUUGGCGGGGCAAAGCUAAUGGCCCUCGCGGGUGCGAUAUUCCACAAUGCACUCGACAAACGAGGACAGGGCGAUGCUCACGAACUAUUUCUGGAGUUUGCGCUGAACGAGGAAUGUGUCCGGCGCUUCCCGCAGACUAACAACACGCGAUUCGGGAGCCACGGAGAGGCAGCCGUCGAGCUGAUAACCCACCUCGAUGUAUAUCGAUGCUUCAUGGAGGUCAUCCGCAUCCGAAAGGUCAACCAGACCUACACCAAUAUUGAGAAAAAUGUUAAUGCUGGCCUGCACGACAACCCAACACUCACUGAGCUUGCGGUUCUUGCGAUUUACCAUAUCUUGAUCACCGCACCAUAUAUGUGA